GUCAUCACUCAUAACUGUCAUCAUGUGUCAUUUCAUUUCAAGUCAAGUUUUUACAUUUUAGGUUGGGCUUUCUACGGUUCUUCAUAAUGGAUAUUUCUCUAGAAACUUACAAAGUUUUAAAAUUUAACAACCUCUUAACGUGUCUGUAUUUACCAGCAGUUGUAUAUUUACUAAAUUACAGUGGCCAAUUAUACAAUUUAGGGAAAGAACGUACUUAUGUGGAAUACAUCCUGAUCGCAGCCGAAUUUUGGAAAUUUUUUCGUUUUUACCGUUCACAAAAGAAUUUAAAACGGAAAUUUACAUUAGGAAAUAUUGUUAAAUCGAUAUUAACAUGCGGCGCAGUUGUUUUAAUUUUUCAUGUAGGAGCUAUCCUGUUCGGAGCCCCUUUUUUGACUGAACAAUAUGAAACUUUAUUCUUCGCUGUGUUAUUGACUGUAUUAACUGCGUUACCGGUGUGUUUAUACUUAGAAUCGGAUUACGUAUUCACUUUAUUCUCAUCUAUAAUGCUUUAUGAUGAAAUGAACCAAAUUAACCCACUAGAAGAAUAUUUUUUGUGGAAUAUACGAUCGUGCUUAUUUGGAUCUUGGUUAGGUGCUGUUCUUAUACCUUUAGACUGGAAUAGGCCUUAUCAAGAGUGGCCUAUUCCUUGUUGUUAUGGAGCAAUGGCAGGGUGCUUUGUAGGAAAUGCAUAUUCAUUUAUGCAAUAUGCUGCAUAUGGACAAAACGAAAAAAGGAGAAGCAAAUGUAGAGCUUAAUUUUUAGAUUUUA